AAUAGCUCGAAAACUGUUAGAUAUAGUAGCUAGGUCCAAAGAACGUUCUAUCACCAGACAACAGUUACUAACCAGUAAGACACAUAAUAUACAACAAUGUCUCUCAAACUACCUGGAAACCCUAAUGCCUCUCUGUUCAAGCAAGGAUACCAAGUUCAUUCCAACACUGAUGGUGCAAUUAACAGAAACAUCCAAGCAUGUCGUGAAAUCUCAACCAUGAUUUCUACAUCAAUCGGUCCUUGUGGUAAGAACAAAAUUAUCGUUAACAACUUGAGCAAGAUCUUUAUAACUAAUGAUGCAGCUACUAUGAUUAGAGAAUUGGAUAUUGUUCAUCCUGCCGUCAAGGUGCUUGUUAUGCAUUCUGAGCAACAGGAAGAAGAAAUGGGUGACAAUACAAACUUUGUCUUGGUUCUAGGAGGAGAACUUUUACACUUAGCAGAAAAAUUGGUGGUCUUGGGCCUAACUCCUACUGAAAUUAUUCAAGGUUACAAAAUGGCAAAUAAGUUUGCAAUCACAGAGUUGGAAAAGUUAGUUAUAGAUCAAGUUAAUGAUUUCCAAGAUAAAGAUGAGCUAUUAAAAGUUAUUAAACCUGUCAUUAUGUCCAAGCAAUAUGGCCAAGAAUCUAUUAUCUCAGAGCUAGUGUCCACAGCAGUUCAACAUGUGAUUCCAAAAAGUAACCCAAUGGCGUUCAACGUGGACUCCAUACGUGUUGUGAAAAUCAUGGGUGGUUCUCUCGCAAAUUCGUUUGUCAUCAAAGGUAUGGUUUUCCCAAGAGAAGCUGAAUCAAAGUUGAAGAAAAUCACACAAACUGCCAAAGUUGCAGUAUUCAAUUGUCCAGUUGAUAUCUCAGCUUCUGAAACUAAGGGAACUGUUCUUUUACACAAUGCUGAUGAGAUGAUGAAUUUCAGUAAAGGUGAAGAAGACGAGUUGCACAAGGUCAUUAAAGAAAUACACGAUUCAGGCGUUAAGGUUAUUGUUGCCGGACAAGGUAUUGGUGAGUUGGCUUUGCAUUUUGUUAACAAAUACGAUAUGCUUGUCUUGAAAGUACCAUCCAAGUUCGACUUGAGACGUAUAUGUCGUAUCUGCGGUGCCACACCACUGGUUAGAUUAGGUGCCCCAAUGCCUGAGGAAAUGGGUACUAUCGAUGUCGUCGAGAGUACCGAAAUUGGCUCUGAUAGAGUCACCAUCUUCAAGCAAAGCGAAGAAACAUCGUUGACGUCUACAAUUGUCAUUCGUGGUGCCACACAAAACAACAUGGAAGAUAUUGAACGUGCUAUCGAUGACAGUGUUGCAUCGAUCAAAUCUGUACUUAAGGAUCCAAGACUUUUACCUGGCGCUGGUUCUACCGAAUCAGAACUCGUUAAAAGAAUAACCAACUAUGGUGAGAAAACGCCUGGUUUAUUGCAAUUGGGUAUCAAAAAAUUCGCAGAAGCAUUUGAAUUUUUACCAAGAUUACUAUGUGAAACAUCAGGCUUAGACCCUAGUGAGAUAUUACCAAGAUUAUAUGCUUCUCACGAUGAGAAUGACAACGAGACAUUAAAGUAUGGUAUCGAUAUUGAAUCAGAUGACGUCAACGAUUGUCUUUUGGAUGUCAAGAAGGAAAAAAUAUAUGACUCUUUUAUUUGCAAAAAGAAUGCUAUAAAUUUGGCAACUGAAGCUGUUUGUACAAUUCUUAGUGUCGACCAAAUCAUUGUUGCCAAGAAAGCAGGUGGACCUGCUAUGCCAAAACAACCUAAGCCUGGAAAUUGGGACCAAGCUGAUUAAAUAAAGAACGUAUUUUAAUGUAUAAUAAACCCAGUGUUUAAUAUAAACUAAUAAACACAUAUACACCAUAUAUGAUUAUACCACUAAGAUGAAGCAGUAUAAAAAGAGGGCGUAGUAAGUAAGCAUCAAAUUUGCUGCCGUUCUGCUUGAAAGGUUACUCUCGAAAUCACCAUCGUGGACUUCGGUGGAGACGAUACCAUUUUCUAAUGUACCGUUGUAGUUAAAAGGAACCAUUUGAUUUGAAAGCUUAUAGAUUCCACCCAACUCGUCAACAAAGUUGUACACCAACGAUCUUGUUGCAUUUGAGAUGAGCGUGUCACCCUUUGAAUCCCACCACAUACCACCUCCAAGGCCAUUUUUUUCAACAUACUGUGCCUUCAAUCUUGAGAUUGCCGGAGUAUCAUAUACCA